AUGAGCCCAUGCUGCUGGUGGCUGAUAGUGUGCACCUUUUGGGCAUUUGCUGCUCUGUGUCGAGGCAACGGACAAUGUGGGGCCGGGAUCACUAUCAACGUGAUUCUUCUGGAGGACGAGGAGUCUCCUUGGAGCCUGAAGUAUGUGGAGAGCGAAAUCGAGGAAGCAGUAUUGAAAGAUAACAAUAUUAAUGUUGCACAAGGAGUUGGAUUCAAUAUCACAGCCGACUACGAAGGAUUCAACACCACUUUUUACACCAAAAGAGGCUGCAGUAGCAGUAUAUGUGAGGCAGUGGAGAAACUUACCAAGCUUAUGAUUACAGGUAAACUUGGCUGCGCUGUGCUCGGACCUACCUGCACCUUUGCAACAUUCCCCUUAGUUGAUGCAGAAAAAGGCUUUAACCUGAGCACACCCAUCAUCUCGGCGGGAAGCUUUGGUCGCUCCUGUGACUCUACCCUCAACCUGCAGCGGGUUCUGCCUCCAGCGCGGAAGAUCUCAGACUUUUUCAUCAAAUUCUGGCUGGAAAACAAUAGCAUCAAACCCGAGUGGAAGACAGCCUAUGUCUACAAAAAGGCCAACAACACUGAGGACUGCUUUUGGUAUAUCAACGCACUGGAAGCCGAUGGCAAGUUCUCAGCAGAGGUUUCAAGAACGAUGCUACGCAAACCUGACGAAGUGAAAGAAAUACUCAAGACACAGGAGAACAGGACGAGCAAUUUGAUCAUCAUGUGUGGCUCAGUGCAGGACUUACUAGAGUUGAAAAAUGGCUCCAAAGCAGCAGACAGCAGUGAUUUCCUCUUUAUGCUCAUUGAUCUCUACAAUGAUGUAUACUACACCAACCCGUCAUCGCUACCUGAGAUGAAGAACGUGUUGGUGCUGACCAUGCCCAACACCCGGGAGUACGUCAUCAACUCAGACUUUAGAGGCAACAAAACAAUGAAUGACUACAUGGCAGCGUACCAUGACUCAGUGCUGUAUAUAGGACAAGUAAUGAGAGAGAUCUUCGCCAAAAAUCAGUCUGAUCUACACGGAAUGGACUAUGUGAAUGUGAAUUACUUCAGAAACACCUCGUUUAAGGGACUUGCAGGAAAUUACAAGCUGGACAUAAAAGGAGACAGAGAUACAAACUUUUCAAUCCUUUACACAACAACCAGCAAUGAGUACAAGCUCUUAUUCACCUUCGACACUGAGUUCAACAAAACAAAAGUGGUGGACAAGAAUCCAGCCUUCGUCUGGGGGAAGAAGCUUCCACAGUACAAACCAAACUCACGUGUUGCUAUUUCUGACAUCCUUGUGGGCGUGCUGACUGUCACAGUGGUGGUUGUGGCCACCAUAGCAUUGAUUUUUUACAGACAGAACAGGAAAGAUCGGCUCCUCAGGAAGCGUUGGUGCCACAUUAACUCUGACCUCAUCUCUCUGCUAGAGGACAGCCAACACAACAUCAUUUCAUUAAAGAUAGAGGAUGAAAGGAAGAAGGUAAAAUUCCAGAUCCGCCGUGCCCUCUAUGACAAAAAGAUUGUGAUCCUAAAGGAGCUGAAAAACUCAGAUGGAAACUUCAACAAAACCCAGACAAUGGAGCUCAAUGCGCUUCUGAACAUCGACUAUUACAACCUGACCAAGUUUUAUGGCACGGUCAGGUUUGAUGAGGGUGUGUUCGGCGUGUUUGAGUACGGAGAGAGGGGGUCGCUCAGGUAUGUGCUGAACGACAAGAUUUCAUACCCAGAAGACACCUUCAUGGACUGGGAGUUCAAAAUCUCUGUCAUGUAUGACAUUGCAAAGGGCAUGUCCUAUCUUCACGCCAGCACCAUCCAGGUUCAUGGGCGCCUCAAGUCCACCAACUGUGUGGUGGACAAUCGCAUGGUGGUCAAGAUCACAGACUUUGGCUGUAACGCCUUCCUCAGCAGCAGCAAAGAUCUGUGGACGGCUCCAGAGCACCUGAGGGACCAGGGUACUUCACAGAAAGGAGACGUCUACAGCUUUGCCAUCAUCUCCCAGGAGAUUGUUCUGAGGAAGUCCACCUUCUACACCCAGUCCUGCUCCAACCGUUCAGAGAAGUUGUCCAGGGUGAUGACGUCGUACUUCAGACCUGAUCUGGACAUUGAGGUGGCUUCAGAGAAAGAACUGGAGGUGUACAUGAUGAUAAAAAACUGCUGGGAUGAGGAUCCGGAAAAAAGACCAGACUUUAAGAAAGUGGAGAACUGCUUAGGGAAACACAUCAGUAAAAUUCACAACCAGGACAACGAGAGCUACAUGGACAACAUGAUCCGAAGGCUGCAGAACUACUCCAGAAACCUGGAGCACCUGGUGGAGAAGAGAACAGCCCUGUACAAAGCAGAGAGGGAUCGGGCCGACUUCCUCAACUUCAUGCUGCUUCCUGGGCCAGUGGUGAAGAGCCUGAAGGAGACCGGUGUGGUGGAGCCAGAGCUGUACGACGAGGUGACCAUUUAUUUCAGCGACAUUGUGGGCUUCACCACCCUGUGCCAGUACAGCACACCCAUGGAGGUUGUGGACAUGCUCAACGACAUCUACAAGGGCUUUGACAGCAUCGUCGACAACCAUGACGUCUACAAGACAGCUGGAGAUAGAGAGAACGUCCAGCGUCUGCAGCAGGAUCUGGCCCAAAUGAUCCUGUCCUGCCUGGAGCGCCGAAAACAAGGAUCCAUACGGAGGAAGGGCCGUUCAGUCGAGGAGGAGGAGGAUGAAGGCCGGGAAUCAGAGGGGGAUUCUGAAGGGGGCCAUCCUGAAUAUCUUCAGCUGGCCACUGUGGAUAACACCCUCAGCACCUUCCUGUAGCGCUGAUGGCCUGGCAGCUUUGUAAUAUUGCACUAAACCAAAGCAAGAAAUAAGCCUGAAGGAGAAACAACGAUGGAGGACAAACAUAAUUUAGAUACUCUGCUCUCUUUUUUCCUUUUAGUAAAAUGUUUCAUAUUCCCUCCUAAAGGGGCUAAACUGCAGCUGAGCUUUUGCACAUGGACCUCUGCUUGUAUCUUCAUGCAGCUUUAAUAAUCGUGAAAACAGCCUUUCUUCAUCAAGCUGUUUGAUCAAAUGAUUUAAGAAAACAAUGAACUUAAGUCAAAGAAGUGUUUAUUUUUAUAGACAACAGUGACAAUCAGUACAUAAUAAAAAAAAAUAUAUAUUAAAAAAAAAGAAGAAACCGAUCCACCACAUUAUAACACAACAUUACCUUAGAGUCAUCAAAGCGCGGUACAUUUCAUGUGUCACAUUGUUUCAUACAUAGAAAAUAAUUACUGCUCUGUGGACAGCAGAAGGAAAACAGGAGUCCAGCAUUAGACAGAGAUGCCUUCCAGCCAUUUUAGCCCCAUAUGUCUGGGUUUUUGCUUUAG